GGCAGAGUCUGCGGGGCCCACCUGGGACGGAGGGGCCACGGGAUCUCCUGCUCGCCGGGCCGCCGCGGCCCAGGUCCUCCUCCCUCUUCCUAAAACACCGCUUCUGCUUCUCGGGCAGCUGUUGCCCAGCCCAGCCGGGGCUCAGGGGGGCCCCCGGCCGCAGAGUCCCCAGCACUCCUGAGUCCCCAGCCUACUAAUUGCUUGGCUGUGCACUAAGCGUCUUGCACUCACUGCCUCAUUUACUGGCCCGCAACACCGUGUGAGUAGGCACCAUUAUGAACCCAUUUUACAGAUGAGGAAACUGAGCCCCCGAGGAGCCCACAGUCACACAGCGAGAAGCGGCAGAAUCGGGAAUCAAACCCAGACCUCUGCAUAUUUUCUUCCUAAAAUUGGGAGAAGACCCACUGGCUGAAUGGCAACUGUAGAUGACUUGCAGUUUGAAGAAUUUGGUGAUACAGCUACUUCUUUAGUAGCAAACCCUGAUGCCACCACAAUAAGCAUUGAGGACCCUGGCGAAACCCCAGGAUCUGCAAGAAGCUCAGGGAGAGAAGAGGAUGAUGAAUUGCUGGGAAAUGAUGACUCUGACAAAACUGAGUUACUGGCUGGGCAGAAGAAAAGCUCCCCCUUCUGGACAUUUGAAUACUAUCAGACAUUCUUUGAUGUAGAUACUUACCAGGUUUUUGACAGAAUAAAAGGGUCGCUUUUGCCAAUACCUGGAAAAAACUUUGUGAGGUUGUAUAUCCGUAGCAAUCCAGAUCUCUAUGGCCCCUUUUGGAUAUGUGCCACAUUGGUGUUUGCCAUUGCAAUUAGCGGGAAUCUUUCCAACUUUUUAAUCCAUCUGGGAGAGAAGACAUAUCAUUAUGUGCCCGAAUUCCGAAAAGUUUCCAUAGCAGCCACUAUCAUCUAUGCCUAUGCCUGGCUGGUUCCUCUCGCACUCUGGGGUUUCCUCGUGUGGAGAAACAGCAAAGUGAUGAACAUCGUUUCCUACUCAUUUCUGGAGAUUGUGUGCGUCUAUGGAUAUUCACUCUUCAUUUAUAUCCCCACAGCAAUACUGUGGAUUAUCCCCCAGAAAGCUGUGCGCUGGAUUCUAGUCAUGAUUGCCCUGGGCAUCUCGGGCUCUGUGUUGGCAAUGACAUUUUGGCCGGCUGUUCGUGAGGAUAACCGGCGCAUCGCUUUGGCCACAAUUGUGACAAUCGUGUUGCUUCACAUACUGCUUUCUGUGGGCUGCUUGGCAUACUUUUUUGAUGCACCAGAGAUGGACCAUCUCCCAACAGCUACAUCUGCUCCGAACCAAACAGUUGUAGCAGCCAGGUCCAGCUAAAGAGGAAUUUCUCUUUUACUUGUUUGGAGUGUGGUUCUUUUGCACAUGGCAUUCACUGCAGGCAAGCAGAAUGACCAAAGCCAGGAGGAAAACUGAUGGAAAGACACGAAGCCCCGGCAGCUGUACUGAGCCUAAUUGCCCGUUUAACAAACAAAAAUAAAAUGUUGUUCAACUCUUCUCUGCUCACCCAUCAGUUUACCCUUGUGACUACACUAAUGUGGACUGAAACACAGGACAUGGGUUGGGUGAACUCAAGUGUUCCGUCAUUUGCCCCUGACUCAAAGUGUGAAGUACUUGCACAGUGCUUCACCUUAAAUACACCCUCUGUGCCUGAAAUGGACCCAUACUGAUUCUGAUGUCUCUGCAUUGUGUACAGAUUACUUAGGUGAUGCUUUUCUCGCCCAGUGUUUGCCAUCCUAAAGUGCCCAAACAAUGUGAACUUUGGAGGGGAUUCAUGGGGAACCUGAAAAUUUGUCUUUGGCGACCUGACACUGGGCACCUGAAUCUGUUGGUUGCUAAUACGUACUUUAAAUAGCAUCUGUGUCUGCACUUCAUGACUUUGACCUCAAAUUCUUCCUUGAUGUUGUUUUAUCUUUAAUAUACUGGAGGCUGGUGGGGAUCUGAUUUAAUGAACUGACUGUUGUGGUGGGAGAAGGAAGUUUAAAAUGGACAUUCAGACUAUUUCCUCAUGUAAGUAUGGAAUAGUGCAAGUAUUCACUUGCAACCUAUUUUUUUUUUUUACCCUAAAGAUUUACUUAUUUAUGCAUACAAGAGCUAGGGUACA